GUGGGGCUCACGGAGCCCAGGAACGCGGGUGUCUGAGGUUGGGACGCGUAGUUCUCGUGUCGCGACGACUGGGCGCGGAAAAUGGCGGCGCGAUGGAGCAGCGAGAACGUGGUGGUGGAAUUCCGCGACUCCCAGGCAACUGCAAUGUCUGUGGACUGUCUGGGGCAGCAUGCGGUGCUUUCCGGCCGCCGAUUCCUUUACAUCGUCAAUCUGGAUGCCCCUUUUGAAGGUCACCGAAAGAUCUCGCGCCAGAGCAAGUGGGACAUCGGAGCCGUGCAGUGGAAUCCUCAUGACAGCUUCGCGCACUAUUUUGCAGCCUCGAGCAACCAACGGGUCGACCUUUAUAAGUGGAAAGACGGCAGUGGGGAAGUUGGCACGACCUUACAAGGCCACACUCGCGUCAUCAGCGACUUGGACUGGGCGGUGUUUGAGCCAGACCUCCUGGUCACCAGCUCUGUGGACACCUACAUCUACAUUUGGGAUAUCAAAGACACCAGGAAGCCCACGGUGGCGCUCUCUGCUGUAGCGGGUGCCUCACAGGUCAAAUGGAAUAAAAAAAACGCUAAUUGCCUUGCCACCAGUCACGACGGGGACGUUCGGAUAUGGGACAAGCGGAAACCCAGCACGGCAGUGGAAUAUCUCGCAGCCCACCUCUCCAAAAUCCAUGGCCUGGACUGGCACCCGGACAGCGAGCACAUUCUCGCCACCUCCAGUCAGGACAACUCGGUCAAGUUCUGGGAUUACCGCCAGCCUCGGAAAUACCUCAGCAUUCUCCCUUGCCAGGUGCCUGUCUGGAAGGCCAGAUACACUCCUUUCAGCAAUGGAUUGGUGACGGUGAUGGUCCCCCAGCUGCGGAGGGAGAACAGCCUGCUCUUGUGGAAUGUCUUUGACCUGAACACUCCGGUCCAUACCUUUGUGGGCCACGAUGACGUGGUGCUGGAGUUCCAGUGGAGGAAGCAGAAGGAAGGGUCCAAGGACUACCAGCUGGUUACGUGGUCUCGGGAUCAGACCUUGAGAAUGUGGAGGGUGGAUUCCCAGAUGCAGAGGCUGUGCGCACACGACCUCUUGGAUGGUGUCGAUGAGUUCAUUGAGGGCAUUUCUCUGCUGCCAGAACCGGAGAAGACCCUUCACACUCAGGAUGCGGAGCACCAGCACAACUCAAGCCACGGGGAAGAAGAAGUCUUAAAGGAAGACCCCCCGAGCAGUCUCCUGGAAGAGAAGAAAUCAGACCCGCUGGGCCUGCCUCCGACUCUGCAGCAGGAGUUCUCCCUGAUCAACGUGCAGAUCCGCAACGUCAACGUGGAGAUGGAUGCAGCAGACAGGAGCUGCACGGUGUCCGUGCACUGCAGCAACCAUCGCGUCAAGAUGCUGGUGAAGUUCCCGGCGCAGUACCCGAACCACGCGGCCCCUUCCUUCCAGUUCAUUAACCCCACCACCAUCACGUCCACGAUGAAAGCGAAGCUGCUGAAGAUCCUGAAAGACACUUCCCUGCAAAAAGUGAAACGCAACCAGAGCUGUCUGGAGCCCUGCCUGCGCCAGCUCGUCUCCUGCCUCGAGUCUUUUGUGAACCAAGAAGACAGCGCUUCCAGCAACCCCUUUGCGCUCCCGAACUCCGUCACGCCGCCCCUACCAACGUUCGCCCGGGUCACCACCGCUUACGGGUCCUACCAGGAUGCCAAUAUUCCUUUUCCCCGGACCUCGGGGGCCAGGUUCUGUGGGGCAGGGUACCUGGUGUAUUUCACGAGGCCCAUGACGAUGCAUCGAGCAGUGUCUCCAACAGAGCCCACUCCAAGAUCUCUCUCGGCCUUGUCUGCCUAUCACACUGGCUUGAUUGCGCCCAUGAAGAUCCGCACCGAGGCCCCUGGGAACCUGCGUUUGUACAGCGGGAGCCCCACACGCAGCGAGAAGGAGCAGCUCUCGGUCAGCUCCUUCUACUACAAGGAGCGGAAAUCGAGGAGAUGGAAAAGUAAGCGGGAGGGCUCGGACGCUGGCAAUCGACCCAUCAAGGCUGCUGGGAAAGUGAUCAUUCAGGAUAUCGCCUGCCUUCUUCCUGUUCACAAGUCCCUGGGAGAACUGUACAUAUUGAAUGUGAAUGAUAUUCAAGAAACAUGUCAGAAGAACGCCACUUCUGCCUUGCUUGUCGGAAGGAAGGAUCUUGUCCAGGUUUGGUCACUGGCUACAGUAGCUACGGAUCUUUGCCUUGGUCCGAAGUCUGACCCAGAUUUGGAAACACCCUGGGCUCGACAUCCGUUUGGGCGACAGCUGCUGGAGUCCCUGUUGGCUCAUUACUGCCGGCUCCGGGACGUGCAGACACUGGCCAUGCUGUGCAGCGUGUUUGAAGCCCAGUCCCGGCCGCAGGGGGUGCCAAACCCCUUUGGGCCUUUUCCCAGCCGCUCCUCUAACCUUGUGGUGUCCCACAGCCGAUACCCCAGCUUUACUUCCUCUGGUUCCUGCUCAAGCAUGUCCGACCCAGGGUUCAACACCAGUGGCUGGAACAUAGCGGGCAGAGAGACAGAACACAUGUCUUCCCCUUGGGGAGAGUCUUCACCAGAAGAAAUCCGCUUUGGGAGUCUGACCUACAGCGAUCCUCGGGAGCGCGAGCGUGACCAGCACGAUAAAAAUAAAAGGCUACUGGACCCGGCUAACACCCAGCAGUUUGAUGACUUUAAGAAGUGCUAUGGAGAAAUCCUCUACCGCUGGGGUCUGAGAGAGAAACGAGCUGAAGUGCUGAAGUUUGUCUCCUGCCCUCCUGAUCCUCACAAAGGGAUCGAGUUCGGCGUCUACUGCAGCCACUGCCGGAGUGAGGUCCGGGGCACGCAGUGUGCCAUCUGCAAAGGCUUCACCUUCCAGUGUGCCAUCUGCCACGUGGCCGUGCGGGGCUCGUCCAAUUUCUGCCUGACCUGCGGGCAUGGGGGACACACCAGCCAUAUGAUGGAAUGGUUUCGGACCCAGGAGGUGUGUCCCACCGGGUGUGGGUGCCACUGCCUGCUUGAAAGCACUUUCUGAGCUUCUGGCCCUGGGGAGUUGUUGGAAAUCCCAGAGGACCCCGUCACUGCCGUGACAGCUCUGCCAGGAGAGAGGCUCCAGAAGCCACCUCCAGCUAGACCAGGACAUGUCCCCCUCUGGUGACACGGCGCCAGCUGCUCAUGAGCCUUUGCCUUCUCCUCUGUGGGUGGCGGUGGGGUGGGUGGCGGUGGAGGAGGACACAGGCAGAUGUGCAGCACUGCGCAGACAGCUGGAAGUUUCCUUGGAGAAAAGCACCUGCCUCCAGAGCUGUGUUUACCUUUAUGAUAUUAACUUUAAACCACGAAACAGCAUCCUUUCUGUUGUCAUCACAGAGACCAAGGUCGGCUGCAAAGGACAGUCUCCUGAACCAAAGGACAGUGGACUAAUUGAGUUGACAAAUGGGCCUAUGACAUAAGUUGGUGCAUUUAAUAAACGGAUGGAAUGUGGCCUUUUAAAAUAUGAAACAAAUUAUAAAUAUGUACUUAAGGAUCCUUAAGAUGUAUUUUUGUUUGUUUGUUUGUUACUUCUAGCUGCUCCCCCUUGGAGAAUAAAAUUCUAAUAAUCAUUUGAAAAAACAA